CUGUAAUCCUAGUAUAACUGAUAGACCACCACGUGGUAUCAAACAGAACUUGAGAAGAUUUCUGUCUAGCCGUGCUACGAUCACUGGCUAUAUGCAUGUGUGUUGUCAUGGGAUGAUUUGUUUCUACAAAUCAGCUAAAUGCAAGCACCAACUGUUUUAAAUAUAUUUUAAUUUCUAUUCAACUUAGCCUCUUGACAACGUUAUCACAAGCCACAUUGGAAUUAAACAAAUAGGUUCUGUGAUAGACUUCACACGUUCAUAUAUAUAUAAAUUUGUAUAUACACUGACUGUAUCGUUGUGAGGUUUACAAAGCGAAUGUUUUAUUUUAUGAAUAGAAAAGUUUCUAUGGAUUCUAAUCAUAUCGAAUUUCCGUGACAUGAACGUGAACAUAUCGUGUCACCAUACUUGACUUAAACUAUUUAUUACUGACAUUUUAUUAUGUAGAAGUUCGUUAAAUGAAGGCUUCGACACAAGAGGUGAACAUUAAAAUUAUUUUUAAAAUUUUUAAAUUAGAAAUUAAAACAAAUUAUUAACAAUGAAAAAUCCAGCAUCAUUAAUGAAUUAAAAAAUGUAUUCUGUGGGACUUAUUGUACUAAUUAUAUUAAUAUUAUGGAGAGUCCAUGGAAGUCAUGGAGACUGUGAUCCCAACAUUCCAUCAAGACCUGUUCCUGUACCUCCAAGUUUUGUUGUUGAUGUUGAUGGAAUCCAAUCAAUUAUUUGUUGUGAAGGAGAGUAUCUGGACUGGUUUGAAUGUAAACCUUGUGAAGAUGGAACAUUUAUGACACCAAAAAUGGCACAAGAAGGGAUACAUCUCUAUUGUGAGAAAUGUUAUGAAACAAAAAUGGUAAGUUACAUGGUUUCAAACAUUUUUAUUAAACAGGUAAAUUUCGAAUAGUGUAAAAUAUUUUGUUAUAUUAGCAGAAAUAUAAUUCGAUCUUUAAUUCAAUUUUAAUAGGAAACAUAUGUCAUAUGAAGAAGUAUUUCUUAUGAUAAUUAAUUUCUUCCCAGUACGAGAUUGUUACUGUACCAUGCACCAAGACAAGAGACUCGACAAUCAUGUGUGAAGACGGAUAUUAUAGAAGUGACGUACAGGGAAAACCCUGUCAGUCUGAAUGUAGACGGUGUGACGUGUGCGGUCUGGGAAUAAAUAUGUUUAAAAACCAUGAAGUUAUUCCAUGUGGUGGUUACGACAACACUGUUUGUUCUAAUGGUGUGUACACUUCUGUGAUGAAUUUUGAGAAUGUUUCAAUAGCACCAAGCACUUCUAUCUUAAUUUUAGACAGUGAUGUCGAAGAGAAUGACGACAGUGGGCGCACCAUAUCUUACUCAAAUAAUAAAACACGCCCUGCAUAUACUGUCAACUUUCUUAAUUUAGUUUUAUCAAUUGUUCUGAUAAUUAAAAUUUUAAAUGUAUUUUAAAAUACAUUUAUGUUUGUGAAAUUAAGGAUUCCAGAUAAUAAACAGAUUAUAAUUUAUUUUCAAUGCGAAUUUAAUAAUCACUUUAAAUAGCAUUCGUGAUACCAAACAUUUUGACUCUUUUUAUAAGAAUCUCAUUUUGCACAAAUACGUGAAUAAUAUUUACAACGCCUUAGUUGUUAACAGAUAUUUAAAAAAAAAUAUAUAUGUAUAUCAAGAUAAUAUAAUUGUUAUCAUCUAUUGUAAUUUUUUAUUUUCAUAAUUUAGAUAAUUUUAAUUUAAUUCUUGAAUUACUUAUAAGCACAAUGAAACUUGUUUGUUCGAAAUUACCUGAUAUUUAAUUUAAAAAAUAAAGUUCAGAUGUCAUAAUUAAACGAACUAUAAAUUACAAGCAAAUGUCAUAAUCUUUGGUUUGUUUUGGAUUCAUUUAACAUAUAAACAGGUGAUUAAUAAAAAGGUUCGACAAUGACGACGAAAACAGUCUCUUUCAUGUAUUACAACUCAACCAUCCCUGUCAUCUACUUCAUCCACCCCAAUCAUCUCUUUUACUCUCCAAUCCUUUUCCACGAACCACCUCCUGUGAUGAAUCAUGUUACUUCUAACUACCACAUUUACUCGUGUUUCAUUACGGGAGUGUUGAGAAUUGUCCUUUAAUAGAUUGAUUUAACAAAAUUGUUUUUCUUGUAUAUAUUAUCUCCAUUGUUUGAUAGUUUUACAAAAUAGUUAUAUAAUUGUACAUAUUUUCUCUAUGUAAUUGAAUGAUAUAAUAAAAUUUAUAACCUAAAAUUACUAGUUAAAUAAAAAAAAAUAAUAGACCACAGCAUCACACUUAUCAUUAAGAAAUGAUCUGCUAUUGCCUCAACAGGUUUCUUUAACUUUUUUUAAAGAGUUCAUUUACUAUUUUGUUGAACUCUAAAAUAUAUUAAAACUAUAUGGACCUCAAUUUUAUUUCAAGUUAACUAUACUUCUAUAUACGGUAUAAACAAAACAAUGAGUGGGUCGCGAAAUCAAACAUUUCGAGAAUGGUGAUGUUCACAUUUCCUCAUUCCGAUGUUAAAAUCAAUCCUAAAGCAGCCCACGCUGUUAACUUAAAACUAUUUACACUUAUCCCAUUAUAUCGUCAACGUUAGAACACGUAAUAAAAAAAAAGCUUACAUCUUAGGUUUUUAUGACAGAAAUGAUAUCCAGUUAAAAUAUUAUAGUUAUAAUGUCAUAUUUAAUUGCAGCAAAUAAAAUAUAUUUAAAAACCUCAUUUUAACUGCAACACGCGGUUAAAAAAAAUAAAUGUCAUUGUAAUUAUAUUUCUUUGAUCAUAAACAAAUUCUAUGGCUCGGACAAUUUUAGCAACGGUUUCGCUUAAUGAAACACCAAUCAACAGACUUGACGUGCACACCAUUAGACAUCACGUGACCACAGUUUGGCAAUGACGACGUAUGCUGCAUUUUCUCCAUACAAAUAUAUUUUACAAUCGUUUGCUAAUUAAAGAAAUGAUGUGAGAGAAAGGUAAUACUAAAUCUGUUUUUUUAGGCCAAGAUCUGUUCCUAUUGCAAAAUAUGGCGUUCUGGUAGUUAAAUAUGAUUUAAAGUUAUCUACAAGAGAUGAUGAUGCAAUUUCACUGGAAUUUUCUGUCAAAACAACGGAACAUGGAAGAUUUUAUUUUAAUGGUAAAUCAUUUUUUUUCUGUCAAUACAUCUCUUCACAUGGGAGAAAUUAAGGAGGAAAAAAAAUAGCAAAUUCAGUUUGCCUCAAGAGGGGCUGCAGUAAUAAUUUUUAGUGAGUACACAGAUUUAAUAUGCCUCCGUUUGCACAUGGAUCCCAGUUUGAGAAUCGCUUAUUGAAAGGUGAAUUGCUCUCAGUCUAAUUUUUUGAUAAUUACAUGUCUUUAAAUUAAAAAAAAAUUAUUUGAGAAAAUUGUUCAAUAACUGGGUGGUUUCCAUACGUUUUAGCUUACGAAACAAUACGUCUAACUAUUUACAUCUGCGGAUAACUACUAUUCUAUGCAUUUAUUAGUAAACAUUAGUGUGACACAUUAGUGUUGACCAACAGUGUUGACCGACAGUGUUGAUAACAGAGCUAUUUAUUUCCUGGAAGUUAUGAUAACUAAGCUUACAAAAAUGUGAGUUAGAAUUAUAAUUAAAAUUUACUGUUUUAUAUAAUCAAAAAAUGAAAACGGAGAAAAGGAUUACAUUAUGAUUUUAUUAGAAGGGGAUUCUACUCAUCACAUCACCCCUAUCGUUACCUCAUGGAAGUCACAAUUUUGGUUUGGGUGUUAAUGAACUCCAACCAACAGUUUAUGGUGAAGGAGAGUAUCUAGACUUGUUCGAAUGUACACCUUGUGAAGAUGGAACAAUUAUGUCACUAAAGAUGCCACAAGAAGGGAACAAAAUAUAGUGUAAGGAAUGUUACGAGCCAGUAAAUUUCUUUGCUUUUUUCAUGAUUGUAAUUUUUUUCUAAAUUUUGCGCAGAAAAUUUAAAUGUAGCGUAGAUUUUAAAUUUAUUUCGAUAAAAUUCUAGUUUCCUCUCGUCUGUUUAAGUUAUUAAUGUAUGCUCCCUUUUAUGGUGCCAUAGUACGAUGUUGUGACCGUGCCUUAUACCAAGACCAUGGCUAACUCUACAAUGUGUCAGGACGGGUAUUUCAAAUAUAACAAAUCGGCAAAACACUGUAAGCCUACAUGUGCAGAGGUUGUGGCGUUUAAGGCCAUGGAAGGAAUAUGUCUAAAAAUUUUAAAGGUCGUGGACUGUGUUAAUGUAUCAGUCGCUCCCAACAAAAGGCUAUUGAGCGACUUUAUGGACAAUUGUGAAACAUAUCCAAUGAGAUCAGUUUCUGUCACACACAAUACAACGAGUGAUACUCAUUCUAUAGUUUACUUGGUUUUGUUUUUUUUUUUAAACCGAUUUUGUCUGUACAGUUCAAUGAAUCAUUUGGUUUAUUAUCGAUUAAUUUCAUUCUACUGUAAACGUGUUCUCACUGUGGCAACUACUUCCCCAUACAUUUAAUGAGAUUUAUUUUACAAUUAUUGCACUACACAUAUUUGAUUGUACACGUCUCUAUGCCUAUAACUUGUGGAUGCACUUGUCUACAAUUAACUUAUUUCUAAUUGAUUUGAAUUUAAGUUAGAAAAUAAAACUUCAUUUCUCUAUUUUCUUCCAUAUAUAUCAUAUGAUUGUUAACUCUUCUAUAAUCGUCUGCUAUAAUUGUUGCACAGAGACCACGGUUUCUUUAAUAUUUUUCUAUGUUCUGUAUUAGAUCUCUCUAUAAACCGAUGCAUAUUUGUAAGCAAAAACUGCUGAAAAUUCUAUUUCGUAAAAUAUUACGAGACAAAAAUAUGUAGUUUAUGUACAACUUUAUUUAGUGGGUGUUUUUAUCAUUUGAAACUUAUUUUAAUAUUUUAUGGUCUUUUAUUUUUUAAACAUCAAAGUUUGAAUUUGAGUCCCAGCUAUUGUUGUACUAAGAGUUUUUCGUAAAUUGUUUGUUAUAAGUACAGAUUGUUCGUAUAUCUAACACAUUGCUUAUUAUGUUCUUCAUAAGACCCCUCAUGCUGUUAUUUUAUUUUUACGUUUAUGAAUGUCUGCACCAUUACCAUUUGUGGCUCAGUGUAUUUUAAAACUUUACUAAAUAGAUCGUUACAAAAUGGGGAGGUCACUAGCAAAACAUGGUGAGUCGAAUGUUAGGAGGAAAAAAAAUGAGUUAUUCAUUCUGGCUUUUUUUGCUAAGUGUCAACAGUAUUUUAUGUCAUUUAUAUAAAUGAUUUAUUCGCUACUUAAAGUUAACUUACAAACUUAGCUUUUUAUUUAAAAAAUCAACCAUAAGUUACUUAGCAGGUUUUGCAAGUGACCUGCUCAAAGAAUAAAAAAUGGAAACAUAGUAGCCAGAAUGAUCAUUUCGUUGAUCGUGGGCCCUUAAACUUUUUCAUUGAAAUAUAUCCUGGUUGUCCCCGGCCAGUUCGGUAACUUGAAGCAUGCGUAUCAAGGUGUGAAAGAUAUUGCGUUUGAUUAUUCAGGAAACCGCCGUGUGCUGACACAAACAUGAUUUCAACACGUCAGACAAGAGAUUACGAGCCAGCUAAAUGAAAACUAUAACGAAUAAUUCUAAACUCUUUUUAAAAAACUUAGAGUUUUCCAAAGAAUUUAAUUAUUUUUUUUUGCAGUUACUUAUUAUUUAAGUUUGUAAAGAUAUCGUCUAUGGCAAUCAAAUGUGGUUAAAGUAACUUAUUUAAAUGACGAUUAACUCAGAAAUAUAUCAUGUGACUUCUCCACUGUAACAGGGUUAAAUUUGCAAAGUCUUUAAGAUCUAUGAUAUUGGUUGUGAAAUAUUUUAUUUUAGUGUUCAUUUGAGGUAAAAAAAUGAUUAAAAGUUCCAUUUCUAAAUUAUG